GUGCAACCAUUAUUAACAUUUUUUUUAGUUAGGCAAAUUUUUCUCAAAUGGAGGGUUUCUUCUCAAAAUCUCUUUUGAAAAAACAAAAUAAAAGAAGAAUCCAACAUAUGGUAUUACCAUAAAAUAAGCAUAUCCCAAAACAGAACAUAUAUUGGCAUAGUAAGGUUUUUCAAGAUUUAGGGAUUAUUGACAAAUUAAUUUGUUAAUUGAAAUUAAUCCCACAUACACACAACUCAUCACACUCACAACUUCAAAAAACUCAGUUUCAGUUAGCUUCUUUGAUGGCUUCCACAUACCCAAGUUGCCAUUUUUAUUCUUCUUCAUCAUCAUUAAUACCCAAUUCAUCUUCAACCACUCACUCCUCUACCUUAUCCUAUUUUCCUUCCAUCUCUAGUUUCAGUGGAAAUUCACUCACCAAAGCUGAUUCUUUUAGCUCAAGACUACAUGCUAAGUUUGAUAAAUUUCAGGGGGACCCUACUCAGCAAAAUCUUGAAGAUGCCACCACUCCUUUAUCUUCUCAAUCAGUUCAAGAACAAGUGGAAGAAGAUGACAGUUGCUUGCCUUCUGAUUUGGAAGGGGCAGUCCGACAAUCAAGUGAAGCAAGUGCAUUAUUUGUAUCUUCAGGAGGAACAAGAGCCAUAGUUGAACUCCUAAUCCCCCAGCUGCAGUUUCUAGAUGAUGAAGGUGCACAAGCUGAGCUCUGGGAACUUUCUCGAAUUUUCUUGGAUACACUUAUUCAAGAAACCGGGUGUCAGAAAGUUAAAGCUGUAUUUCCGGAUGCUGGUGCUGCAGCACUACUAAAAUAUACAUGGAAAGAUGCUACUUUUGGAUUCUCCAGCUUAAGUGACCGGAAGCCUGUUGAGAAAGAAGACGAAAUUGUGGUUAUGGUUGUUCCUGAUUAUCAGAUGCUGGGAUAUGUAGAGAAAAUUGCAGCUGAUCUUUCAGAUGAUCCGCCAAGGCCUCUCAUAAUGUGGAAUCCACGUCUCAUUAGCGAGGAUGUUGGAGUUGGAUUCAAUGUUCGAAAGUUAAGGCGCUACUUUCUUAGCACCUUUACAACAGUCUACUCAAUGAGGCCUAUGGCAGCUGGUGCAGUGUUUAGAUGUUAUCCAGGAUUGUGGAAGGUGUUCUAUGAUGAUAAGGAUAGACCAAACAGAUAUCUUCUUGCCGAAGAACUUGUUCGACGUCCAGAUGCCGAAGACCUUGAGCUGAUAUUUGGAGAUGUACAAGAAAAUUCAGAGCAGGGUCAAUCUCUUUUUGAUAGAGCUGCAGGCAUCUUCUCUUCAAUAAAUCGAUUUAUGAGGGUCAUUUCGAAAUAACUUCAUUUCUGUCUUCUUCCCCAUCUUAAUAAUACAUGUAUUUUGCCAUUUAUGUUUGUUCUCUCAACAUUUUUCUUCUGUACUAAGAUAAGAUGUAUCUAUCAUUUUAUUGUCAUAUAGAUAAUUUGUGUUGCACAA